CACCCCCUCACCAAAGAAGACCAGCCUCUGAUGACAUCACUGAACCUGAGUCAGUGGGACGCCGUCAGUUCAGUUACCCGUUGAGGGCGACUCCGUUCAACACCUCCGCCUCAUCUCAGACUCCGAAACAUCCCAACAUCUCACAUCCCAGGACCGUUACCGCGACGACAUGGCAGAGGAGAGCCGGGGAAAACGAAGGAAACAAGCGAAUCCGAGACGGAACCAAGUGGACAUCGAGAGGCCGAGUUCGCUGAGCUCCGAGGGGGAGGAUGAGCUGCUGCUGUGGGGGGGCAUGGAGGCUCCGGACGCAGCCGAGCUCCAGGACCACCAGGCCACCAGCACCAGCCUGACGCCCAGCGAGGAGCAUGACGGCGGCAGCCCGACCCGCUUCGCCCGGGCCCACAGCCUGAGCCCGGAGCCCAGUCCCUGGUCCUCCAACGCCAGCAGCACCAACGCCGCCGCCGCUGCUGCCGCCACCACCAACCUCUGCGUCUCCUUGGAGGGAGGGGUUCCCAACAACAACAACAACAGCAGCGCCAUCAACAACGCGGCAGCAGCGCGGCGCAACGGAGAUGGAGAUGGCGACCGAGACGGAGACAGGACAGCAGCGCCAGCCGUCUACAGUCGGGCAGAGGAGGAGUUGGCUCACCUUGACUUCCUGGCCCAGCUCCAGAAGGCCUCCCACCAGCAGCAUCAUCAGCAGCAGCAUCAUUACCAUGCCACCGGUCUCAUGGACACUCCGCUGCACAACGGCAACGGCUCCUACCACAUCCGCAGCAGUCUCCAUGACGACACGCCACCUAGCAGCUGGUCGCCAGGGGACCAUGACUCACCUGACGGUCGAGACGGUGUGCCGCUGAGCCCCGAUGCCUUGCGGGGGAUGCUGGCGUGCCCCUUCUGCCAGCGCACGUACCGUCGCGAGCCGGCGCUCCGGGAGCACAUCCGCUUCUGCCACGAGAGGGAGGAGGGCCAGAGCACGUGCCACCUGUGUGGCUUCAGCACGCCCUAUCGCGCCCAGAUGGAGCGGCACAUGAUGCUGCACAGCCAGCAACAGGAGAAGCAGCCUCUCUCAGACCCUGCGCUGGAGAAUAGGAAGUUUAAGUGUGUACAGUGUGGCAAAGCCUUCAAGUACAAGCACCAUCUGAAGGAGCACCUCCGCAUCCACAGUGGUGAGAAGCCAUACGAGUGCUCCAACUGCAAGAAGCGCUUCUCACACUCAGGCUCCUACAGCUCCCACCUCAGCAGUAAGAAGUGCCUGAACGGAGGAGGAGGAGGAGGAGGAGGAGGUCCAGGAUCAGGCCCCUUUAACGGGCACAGCCACCCUACCUACCUCCACACCUCCCCCACCUCACCCCCCACGCCCAUAGGCCGCAACCACAGCAGCAGCACCACCAUCAUGGGGAAGAGCUCUCCGUACAACCAGGAUAGGCAGCAGCUGCCAGCCGACCUCCAGGCUCUUCCCCUUCAGGGGGAGGGGGCCCUGCUGGGUGGACUACGAGGCAGGGACCUCAGCCGGCUUUGGGACCCCACCGCGGAGCUGUCCCUCAGGGCCAGCGUCUUCAAGGGCACCACCCUGCUCCCCUACCUCCACUCCGGGAGCAAGUUCGAGCACCUCCUGCAGGAGAUGCUGAGGCGGGAGGUGGGCCAGCGACCAGACGGGGCCCCUAUCCGGAUGGAGGAGGAGGAGGAGCAGCAGCAGGUGAGGAGGCCAGCAGGAGGAGGAGGAGGCCGGGGAGGAGGAGGAGGAGAAGCCAGGGGCUCGCCUGAGAGCAGCAGGCCGGGGGAGACUCCGUCGUCUGGGGGAGGAGGGGUGACGUGCCGCUGGUGCUCCCAGCUGUUCCCCAACACGGCCGUCCUCCUGCAGCACGAGCGCUACCUCUGCAAGAUGAACCGCAGCAGCAGCAGCAGCAGUGGCGAGGCGGUGUCCUCCUUGUCAGCCAUGGAGCCGCUGGAAAGCCCCAGGCUGCACAAAGAGCCCGGCUCCUCUCCGCUCAACUUCUCCAGGCCCCCUGCUCACCCGCACCCACAUCCACACCCACACCCACACCCGCAUGAGCCCCCCAAGACACCCACGGCCCUCAGCAACGGCUUCGCCGCCAAGGACCCUCGCUCGCCCCUGCAGCGCAGCCCCUGGCAGUCGGUGCCCCAGCAGCUCCUGGUGGCCCUGCACUCGCCCAUCCAGCUCCGCUCCGAGCCCGGUUUGCCUUCGUCGCGCCCCUACUGGCCCGGCGCCGAACUGGGGAGCCCGGUCGGCAAGACCCCGGUCAGCCCCGCCACGGCCAGCGCCGACAUGCCCUCCACUCCGCUGCACGACCGCAGACGACUGCUCUCUCCCGGGUUCCCCUCCCCUCUCGGAGGCCUGGAUCUCUCUUCCGCUGCCGGCGUGGCGUCCGCCGCCGCAAACGUCGUCUCGCCCGCAGGAAGAGCCGGUCCACCCCGCAGAACCCCGGGCUCCGCCGGCUCCCAGGCCGAACCGCUGGACCUCUCCCUGCCUAAGCCCCCGGGAGCGGACCCCUCCCCGAGGGAGAGGCCCUGCAACGGCACGCCGCGGGGAGCCGAGAGGAGAGACUCCGAGGGGCCGUACAGGAGGUUGACGCCGCCUUCUCCGCAGUCCAUGGCGGGGUACGGGGCGGCCCCCCCGAUGCAGCCCGGAGCGCCGUUUGGGGGAGCCCCCAUGUUCGGGGGCUCUGUCUACGGGCCCUACCCGCUCUUCAAUCCCAUGCUUCCCCCCGCGGGACUGCGGGGUGGUGGGGGCGGCGGGCACGAGGGCAUGCCGUCGCUUCCUGUGAACAGGGGGGCGCCGCCCAACGCUGGCUUCCUGUCGCCCAUGGCCUACAUGCUGGACUCGGACACGGAGUCCAUGCUGAAGAGGAUCCACCAGGAGAGACAAGCCUUGAUGAACGAGGCCUUGAACCGUGGUUGCCUUGACUACCUGUCGGUGAUGGAGGAGGGUUUGGAUGGGGACGGGGUGCCGGGCCGCAAGAGGCUGAGGAAGACGGAGGAGGGCCUGUACGCCUGUGACAUCUGCGACAAGACCUUCCAGAAGAGCAGCUCCCUGCUGCGCCACAAGUACGAGCACACAGGCAAGCGCCCCCACGAGUGCAAGAUCUGCAAGAAGGCCUUCAAGCACAAGCACCACCUGAUCGAGCACUCGCGUCUCCACUCGGGCGAGAAGCCGUACCAGUGUGACAAGUGCGGCAAGCGCUUCUCCCACUCGGGCUCCUACAGCCAGCACAUGAACCACCGCUACGCCUACUGUAGCCGCGACGCCGCUGACCCCGACCCAGACCCCGAUGCCGAUGCGGAGGACACCACCAUCGGGGAGGAGCCGGGCUACCGCACCCCCGGCCUGGAGCUCACCCCCACUGGUGGUGGGCAGGACGCGGUGACGAUGAUGAUGGGAAGUAACAAGAACAAUAGCAUUAUGGGUAAUACCAACGCCACUAACAGCUCCACCACUCCGGAGGAGACCACUUCGAACUUCCUCAGUGACUCCAGCCUGGAUGGAGGGCUCCGGGAGGAGGAGGACGAGGACGAGGAAGAGGAGGAGGGGGAGGAGGAGGUGUUAGGUGGUGGUCAUCGAGAAGAGCUGGAGAGGGCAGAGGAGGAGAUGGAGGAGGCUGAGGUUCUUGGGGGGAGUGGCAGCCUUGCAGUGGAGACUGGAGCACUGAGCGGGAGUGAAGAGGAGCAGAGAGGGGGGAACAGCAGCCUGGCAAACGGACGAGGGGAAGGAGGAGGAGGAGGAGGAGAAAGGACAAACAUGGACUUAGAGGGGGAUGACCACUGUGACCAAAGCGACCAGGAAACGGCGAUGGAGCUCACGCCACAGAACAACAACACGCACAGCCCAGGAGAAGCCUGUGACAAUCAGGGAUGAAAUAAAGAAAGACGGCCCACUGGACCUUCGUACAUUACAAACCCAGACCAGCACCACGAACAAAAAUCCUCUAGGCCAGUGGUUCCCAAACUUUUUCAGCUGGGACCCUCUCUUUGGACUCGAGAAAUUUUUCGCAAACCCCCUACAUACAAUAGUCUUAGCCUAGAAACGGAUUUCUAGCAAUAAUAGCAGACAAAGUAUUAAUGUCAAAUCUAGCAAUAUUAAUGUAAAAUCUAGCAAUAUUACUGGUAAUGGACGAAAAAAUUGCCUAGAAUUUCCAGUUGUUUAUGCAAUGUCCCUUUGUCUGCGACCAGUUUACUGUGGGAACAACUGCACUAGGCAAAUAGGACUCUCAAAGCUCGACCAGACCAGCGCCUCCCUCAUGCCACUUGCGGCCACAAAACCACACGUGCCUUCUCCGAUGAAGAAAGAAGAGCAGGAGGGAGAAAUGGAAUGUGACAGGACGUCAGCCAUUCUAAUUAAAAUGUGAACAAGCCAAACGAACGAACAGCCUUUUGUGCCUGAGGACAGCUAAAGCCAUGCCAAUUUUCUUAUUAUUAUUAUUAUGAAGGCCUUGUGCUUUAUUUCUACCUGCUUGCCAAACUGCCAGCACCACAUGGUCCGGACUAAAACAA